GUUCACAUCCUGCGUUCCAGCUCACUUCUUCCUCUUGGAGAAUUUUUCAAUUGUUUCUUUGUGAAGAUAUCCCUUCUGCUUUUCAUUUUUUAUUUAUUUGCAUAAAAGAAAAAAAUAAUUGGAAAAUAAAAGUGGGUCCUUGUUGAAACAAUGGAAGAACGUGGAACCAAAAUUCCACGACUAAAUGUGGUUUACAACACCGUUUUUCCAUUUCAUGCCGCCCACUACUUUCGCUUCAGUUUUGGGGUGCUUUGCUUUGUUAUAUCUUUCUUUAAGCCAAAAAAAGCAACCUUGAUUAGUGUCUUAAACAGUUAACAACAAACCAACCUUUUCUCAUAACAAAAAAAAAAAAAAACAAAAACAGUACUUGGAACAAAGUUUAGUUUGGUUCUCUUCAUUUUCUCUUUCUCACAAACACAAAAAGCUGUCUUUUGUUAUCUUGGUUGGGUGGUUAUGCUUUCUUUGAGUUUCUAAGCUCUGGGUUAAUGAGUGAUUAAGUUUUUACUUUAUUGGGAAUCAGCUGCUGCUUCUUAUCUUUGCUUGUUUUGCUUUUCUAUUGGAUUGGGGUGGUUGAUCUUUGUUUCUUGGAUCCAUUUCUUUGAGAUUUCUUGUGAAGUACAAAUUGGAUAGUUGGAGGCUUAUAUAUGGAUUUUGUCUGCUGUCAAACUGACAUCAACCACUUCCAGGCAGAGAACGGGAAAGAGGUGUGCCCAUCAUUAAGCACUAUAUUUGAUCAGAGACAGAAGAUGGACAACACAUUUGUCAGUGGUCAGAAACAAGGCAAAGAUGAUUCACUGCAAAACUUGGAGGAUGGAAGGGAUAUUUCAGGAGACAAUGGAAUGAGAAAGCUGGCAAGAAGGGCAAAUCCACAGCAUGCUCUGAUAUUAAAUGUUAAGAGAUUACAAGCCGGAAAAAGUCUUAUAAAGGAUCCAUUCCUUCGGAGUAUUUUUGGAAUAGGCAAUAAGAUUAUGAGGCAUGUUGUCACUUUAGAUGAGAAAUAUCUUCGUCAUUGCCUGGAAUUGAUUCAUAUCAAUGCAGCAAAAGCAGCUCAAUGCAACAUCUCUGUGAACUUAAGUUCCAUAAAAAUGGGCAUUUUAUCUCAUGGACUGAAUUCAGCUAAAAUCAGGGAUGAAAAUACAUAUGAUUUGGGCAAGUUUGUUUUUGAAUGUCCACUGGCAGUUGGGACUGGUAGUGUAGUUAUCGGUCCUGCAGAACAGUGGGUUUUAGGUUCAAUAAUGGGCAGCAAGAGAAUGGCAAAUAUAUUGAAGAGCCCAUUGUUACGGAAAUUGGGUGCAUUGGAUGUUGAUCCAAGUUUGAAUGAUGUUAAAGGAUCGAUAAGUUAUGACUUCAUGAGCUCUCCUGGAGGUUUCAGUAACUAUUCCUCACAUAAGCUAGGAAAUGAAACACCCAUAUCAAAGAAUCAUAAAUAUGGAUCUGAGACUCUGCAUAAAAGGCUUGUUUCUGUGUCAAGUACAAACUCAGCAUGCUCUUAUCAGUCCUUUUCUUCUACUUCGACAGCAAUUUCUCAGGGAAUGCUUCAGUGCACAUGGAAGGGUGGGAUUCCGUAUUUUGUUUUCUCCCUGGAUAAUCAGAGGGAGUUAUAUGUUGCCAAUUUGUCAAAGGAACGAUCAGCUUGCAAUAAGGGUCUGGACUAUAUGUACUUGUUCCAUUCAAGCAGGGGAGGCCAUAAGGAACAUGGGAUGAGUGAUAACGAGUCACACCUUGUUGGUAAGAUGAAGGUAUCUACUUCUUUCUCAAUCUGCCCGCAAGAUUCUAAAAUCAUGGAGACGGAGUUUGUUUUGUUCAGUGGUAAUGAAACUUUUAUUCGAGAGAUGCAAACUUCAAGCCAUAACCACAGGAAAAAUAAGAGUCUAUCAAAAAAGGUGGUGGAAGUAUUCAAGAGCAGUCACUCUUCCAAGCAGAGAACGACAUCUAGAUUUCGUCGAUCAAGUUCCAUAAUGGAAGAUUCUUCUUGGGAUCCAUGCAACAAUUCUGAUGCACUAGAUGGGGCAAACCUUUUAGAGGAACAACUUCUGCCUAAUUUUGAAUUGACUGCCAUUGUUGCGAGGGACCAUUUCCCUGAGAAUCCUUGCCCAGAAGUUGGAGGCUGGGGCUUAAAGCUUCUCAGGAAAGCGGGGUUUAAGCAAAUGGUUGACACUUUGGAAGCCCCAGUUCCUUCUGCUUGUUCUUGUGAUACCAGUGAUUACUCGACAAGUAUGGAUGCUCUAGUUCCAGCAGGUAUUCAUGGUGGUCCAAGAACUAGAAAUGUUGGCCCUUCUAGUCUAAUUGAAAGAUGGAGAUCUGGUGGACAUUGUGACUGUGGUGGCUGGGACUUGGGCUGUCCGCUGACAGUACUUAAAGCCAGAUCAAGUAAAGAAGCUGGUUUACCUCCAACAGAUAUGUCCGAGGCAUGCAAGUUAUUUGAUUUUUUCAUUCAGGGUUCAGAGCAUGGUUCUCCAGCCUUGAGGAUAGUAAAUGUUCAUGAUGGCCUGUAUUUUAUUCAUUUUCAAUCAACACUCUCAGCUCUGCAGUCUUUUGCAAUUGCUAUUGCUUACAUCCAUACUCAAAGUCCCACUCUCCGACCAAAAAAUGUACAGCAGUAAAGGUGGCGACAUCUAGAUUUGAAGUUUCUUUAGUUGUAAUCCUCUUACCGUACCAAAGCAGUGUGUAAGUUGAAAUUUAGGUAUUUAUACACAAACUGAGAUAAUUAUUUUUAUAUUUUCUUGUAGCUAGUUUGACUUGUUUCAGAUUGCUAUCUUAUAUAGGUUGUCUACCAUUGAUUGGGAAUUUUAUCCUUGAAUCCUUAGAACAAAAGAUCUUGUAUUUUGCUCCUUUUUUAUUGAAUGUACAAGUUUAAGCCAGUGUGAAUUUUAUACCAAAUGCAUUUUACAGAAUCUAUACUCUGUAGCCUUUAGCAUUCAGUAAAUUUUGAAAUUCUAUUUGAACAAACUAGAAGUGAAAUUCAAGCAUAAAAGAACUAGCAUGUAGCUCUCAGAAAUUGCAAACUAAAGGAUGAGUUUGCACUUUGAGUGUGAUGACUUAAUUUUUCGAGUAAUUGCCUUGAAAUUAUCUUCAUGUUAUGGUACUUUUGCUCAUAGACUUUGUAAUCACUAUAUCGUACUCAUGCUUUAAGCAAAGGUGGAAGGAGGUUGGUCCUUCUGCCUAACUAUUAACUUUUUUUGGUAUUAGAGCAUUCUCUUCAGGUAACAUUACUCUUUUUCGCUCUUAAAUGCAUUAUGCUAGUUCAAUCAGAUUUCCAGUUUUUUCUCAUCACUUCAGGUACAUUCAUGCAACUGUCUUAUCGUUUUGCUUUCAUGCAAAAGUAAGAAUUAUUUUUGCUCCUCCCUCUUGAAAACAAGCUCUCUCUUGAGAGUUGAAAGGGAUAAACUGUUAUAAUAGGCUUACGCUUGGUCAUAAUGAGCUUGUUUCCUCUACUAUGUGUAAAAUACACAAAAAUGUUUCUUACCAUAAUAUCAUGAAUGUGCAUUGUGCAAAUUGAUCACAGCUCAGGACUAUGUCAUUGGUCCUCCAUGGGGAAUGAUGCGGACACACACAACUGCUGGAAAUACACCAUUCUGCAAAAAAUAAGAAAGACUUUAACUUGCUGCUGUGGUUUGGAGCCAUUGCCCGGGAUCUGUUUGUAUUAUUCUUCAUGACAUGUGGCCAGGUAUCUCUCUUCCUUGAAUAAAUCUAGGAAGUUUCCACUUGCCUUUUAUGUUUCAUUUGGAAGGGACAAAGUUUUUGGCAAAUUCAGCAGUCUUCUUGUAGUUGGGUCUCGAAGAAGCUUGUUGACUUAAGGAAGUCUUGUAGCUCCUCUCAUUUCCUGUACCUAGAAUCAGGCAGGAUGGACAGUGUCCAAGUCAGGAAUUUUUAAUGAUGCAGGCACCUUUAAUUCCAUUCGAUCUAAGUAGCCAAAGGUGCAUUGGGAUCGGCUCUUAUGAUUCUGCUAUAGCAUCCCCAAGCGUGUCUUGAUUGCUUGGAUUGCUGUUCUGGACAAAUCACUUCUUCAGAAAUGCUACAAUUGCGGUAUUGUCAGACACUUUCUGUGUUCUUUGUGGACAGGCUAUUGAAGACAGAGAUCAUUUGUUCUUUGGCUGCCCUUUCUCCAAGCAAGUUUGGAGUAAAGUUCCAUGGUGCUCUGGUAUUAUAAGAUCAGUGGGUGAUUGAAAUAGUGACUUUGCUUGGAUAAAUCUCCUUAAGGGUAAAUCACUUGGUGUGCUUAUAUCUACUUUGUGAGAAUGCAAUACCAGAAAGCAUGGUAAGCAGGAGCAAGGAGCAGAUGUGAUGCUCAAUAGCAUCAGUGAUUCAGUGUGGUUCAGGCUGAAUCAGUUUACGCAAGUUGCUGCUGAUAUAAAAUACUUCUCUCCGUAGAAAUUGGAGAUUAUGAGAUUCUUUAUCCGUACAUAAUACAAAGUUUUACUUAUGUAAAUAUACAGUUUUGUACCGAUGGCACCGGUACAUUUCCAUGCUCGUUUCGAUAAAUAAAAUAAAAACGUUGUAAAACAUCUAGUGAUUACUGCUUUCUGAGUGAUCAUUCCUGACAUAUGGAGGAAUCCCAUGUUGUAUCUCCUUUUCUGCCGCGCAAUGCAAACAGAUCAAUCAGGAAGCACAGAACAUGCUUCAUUAUGUUUUUCCGAAACCAUUCUAUCAUGAAGGUGAUUCAUGCAAAUACAAAUGCAGAUGCAUUCUUUCUUUCUCUGUCGCUUCGCUACUAGAUUCAAUUAAGCAUUGGUGAACUUAGAAGCCUAUGAUUUUGCACUUCAAAAUUAAAUUGAUGUUACCAAUUGUAAUUUCCUGCUGAAACAUGGUAUCCAGCCCCUUUCCAUGACUAAGUGACUAUUAACAUCUUUUUCUGU